GGAUCCCUAGUUAGCCAAGACACAUUGGCAAGCGAUCGUGCCAGCAUGGCAGUAGCCGACGAUUAGAGUGCUAAAGAAUUUUUGUUGAGGGAAUCAAUGUUGUUGUGAUAAUGUUCCUGACAAUAGGAUCAUGAAAGAAAUGUUGCAUUUAUUAUUUUCUUAUAGUCUAGUGAAUCAACCAAUGCAAAAGGAUUGAAUUUCAAAUUCAAAUUAUUAGUGUAUUGUUUUAUAAAGAUACGUUGAACAAUAAGUGCCGACGAAGUUUUACCAUCGAUCGUGUAUCAUUACUGUACCCCCUUUUUUCUUUCUUUUUUUUUUUUUUCCUUCUUUUUUUACCAUGAAGAUUAACAAUCGUACAUACAACGAGAAAUAUUGGAAGAUAGUGACGAUCGUACGACCCUAUAGACGAAAGGGAAUGACGAUUGAUCUUAUGUCGUUGAAUUAUUCGUCAUAAAUAAAUAAUAUAAUCGUAGUAUAAAAUUACGUACGACGUUCGCGAUAUAUCGUCCUUUAUGAGAGUGAAGAGAAAGAAAAAGAAAAAGAAAAAGAAAAAGGCAAAGAGAAAGAAGAAGAAAAGAAGAAAAAAAAAAAAAAAAGGAGAGAAAUUUUUCGAAGAGGAGGAUCUUCAACGAUGGAUCAUUAUUGUAUUUUCGUCCUGAUCGAAGUGUAAGGUUUCCUGCAGAAGCCCUUAGAGGAGACCGACAGGUCUUCCAAGCCAUAAAGGGGGAUGAUGAUAUGGUUCGAGGCACACAUUUAAACGUUGGAGAAAUUGGUUGCACUCACGGAGGUAUGCGUGGUUGCCAAGGUUACCGGAGGGGCUGGACCAGAUCUUUAUAGAGAGAGAGAGAGAGAUAGAGAGAGAGAGAGAGAGAGAGAGAGUGAAAGAGAGAAGAGCGUUGGCGCUAUCGAGGAUUUCAAGGAGGGGCGGGCUACGGGGGUGUGUGCUUACUAGGGGAGGUUGCAGUCAGAAAUUUUAUAGAGAUGGAGUUUCUGCAGAAUCAUCACACGGUGAACACCUCCGAGUCGCCGUACACUCUCGGCACAGGAUCAGUGGGUACAAUCGAGGCGACCAUACCAUCUGGACUUUGUACCGGUUCGUUGGGUGUUCUUACGAACGACGAUACCUUGACCGACAAUCAAAAUGAAGAAACGUUAAGUGCAUUGCAAGGUACAUUACGUUUGCAAGAUUUACAAGCCUCAACGGAGGAUAUUACGGGGCCAGAUCAAACUCAACAAAUUCAAACGAAUUCAGGCCAAGGGCAAGUGGUCGGUGGUGAAUUUGGUAGUGGUUUUUGGGUCGACGAUAUGGCAGGUUUUCCACCAUUGGAUUUGGAUCCAUUGCCUGGUUUGUUCAGUCCUUGUUCGGGUACAUACAAUUGGGGAUGUCCAAGGGGCGAUUGCGUACCAAGGACAAACAAUGGUAAUGGCGAGGGAGUCGCUGACGUAUUGUUAUCCUUGAAACAUGCCGUCGUACAUCCUGGAAGUCCUACGGGAGGGUAUUAUUCAACGGGUGGACCAACGACUCAUCACUAUACGCAAGAUUAUACACAAAAUUUAGGACCACCCGUAGGCCCACCACCGACCCAUUAUACAUCAGCACCGGCAAUGUCGGUCAACGUUUCGAUGAAUAUGACGAUGAACAUGAACUUGCAUCCUGGGUACGAGCAAAGUUAUUCGUCGGCAUGGGGUGCAGAACCGUUGUUAAGUCCCGCCCCUCAAUACAAUCCGGUAGAAACACAGACGAGGGUAAAUCAGGCAUCGGCGAAUGGCCUGAUAGGUGGUAGUACUACUGGUCACGCCCACGCUCAUCCCCAUCCGCACACUCACCCCCGUCUCCAAGGACCGAACGAGCACGCGCUCUGUGUUAAUGGUGGUGGAGGUGGACCAAACGUCGUAACCAACCCGGACGACAAUGGCAGGCCAAAUCUCUGCAGGAUAUGCGGAAAAUCUUAUGCCCGGCCUAGUACUCUUAAAACACAUCUUAGGACUCAUUCUGGCGAGAAACCAUUCAGAUGUCAUGCGUGCUCGAAAGCCUUCAGCCAAGCUGCCAACUUGACCGCCCAUACAAGAACACAUUCAGGAGAGAAACCAUUCCGAUGUCCAGUUUGCGACAGAAGAUUUUCACAAAGUAGUUCGGUGACGACACACAUGAGAACUCAUUCCGGGGAACGUCCUUACAGAUGUCGCCUCUGCAAGAAAGCGUUCUCCGACAGUUCGACGCUGACAAAACACUUACGAAUUCAUUCCGGUGAGAAACCAUAUCAGUGCAAGGUAUGUCUCCUAAGAUUUAGUCAAAGUGGCAAUCUCAACAGGCACAUGAGGGUUCAUACGGCGACCCUAACGUGACACAAUUCAACGAAGACAAUCGAUAGCAAUCAUUCGCUGCCACGUUAUUGUCGAAUACCGGUUAUUCGACAUGGAACUGGAACUAUUACUACUACUACUACUACCACUACUACUAAUAAUACUACUACUACUACUACUACUACAACUACUACUACUACUACUAAUGCUGCUGCUGCUGCUGCUGCUGCUGCUGUUGCUGCUGCUGCUGCUGCCGCUGCUGCUGUUACUAUUAAUAAUAAUAACACUAAUACUGCUAAUAACUUGACGACAAAAAUUUAGAAUAAUAAUCGAUAAAUAGAUCGAAAUACAAAACACCGAAGUGUGUGUUGUCUCUGUACAGCCGAUAAAUUUUUCUUCUCUCAUUCCUCCCGACUGCAAACGAGAUUUAAAAAAGAAAAAAAAAAAUAAAUAAAAAUAAAGAAAACAGACAGAAAAGAAAAAAUACUUAAAUAAAAGAAAUAUCGUAAAAACCAUCCUAAAUAAAAUUCAAUUCUUUCGGAAUGUGUUUUUCUAAAGGGGGGCGGGAAAAAAAAAGAAAAAAAAAGAAAAAAUAAGAAAAAAAAAUCCAACCUAAAGAUCGCAUCGAUCAUCGUCCACGUUCGAGUCUUCGAAUGGAUAACAUCGUAAAUUGAAAACAUUAAAGAAAUUCAUACGAAUGCAAUCGAAAUAAUAAAAUAAAUAAAUAAAUAAAUAAAUAAAUAAAAAGAAAUAAAAAUACAAUUAAAAAAAAAAAAGCAUAAAAAUUAAAAAUCAAUAUAUAAAUAAUAUCCUAAUAAAAUACAAUUCUAAUAAAAUAUUUUAAAAACCAAUCUAAAGAUCUCAUCGAUCGUUCGUUCGUUCGUUCACGUUCGAGCCUUCGGAUAGGGAAAAUCUAAAUCAAGAAAUGAAAUGAAAUGAAAUGAAAUGAAAUGAAAUGAAAUGAAAUGAAAUGAAAUGAAAUGUAAUG